GGCGAGGGGCGGGGCGCCGCGCCGCGCAGGCGCAAUGGCCCCCGCAGCCCCUUCCCUGGCCGGCGCUGCACGCGUUAGGGGGCGCGGGCUUGGCGGAGGCCAACGGGGUCCGGGAACGGGCGUCCCCGGUGAGGUGCAGCACCGCGCGCCAGCCUCCCGCCGUUACCUGUGCCUGGAGGUGAUUUGAAGGGCAGGGCGGAGAGACCGGAACUGCGGGCCUGCGCAGCACCUGCAGAGCGGUCCUCGGUUGCUAGGCUGACCCCGCAGACCCGUCCGGGCUCCCGAGUGCCACGCCCCCGGCAGGGAAGGCCCCUGGAGGGCAAGGCCGGGCACCGGGGUACCCCGGCCCCUGGGGUUCCCCGGGAGCCAAGGGACCUGGAAUCAGUCGUGACCUAGGGUGACCUGCCAUCCUUGUAGUAACAGUUAGUGACCGUAGGAGUUCACGCCUCAGCGGUCGGCCAGGAUUAUGUCAUUCCGAGGAGCCCAAAAUGGACCAGCUUUCUCCUCGGACUCUACCAUUCCCACCCAUCUGGUCCCACUCCACUCCACCCGCUUCUCCAUCUCUUCCUCUUCUCUGGUCACUCACACCCCCACAUCCUCCCACCCACCCUCUUCCUCAGGCUCUCCCACCACCUCUCUCUCAGGUUCAGGCUCUCAACUCGUUGUGGGUGGUUCUUCCUCUGGGAAAGAGGGAGGAGGGACCAGGACCUGAGUUGCACAAUGGUUGUCUGGAUGGGCUUAGGAGCCUUUUUUUUGAGGGACCCCCUUGCCCCUAUCCUGGGGCUUUGAUACCUUUCCAAGCCCCUGGAGCCUCCCGUCCUUCCCCUGAUACCCCGUCAAGAGAUCAGAGUAUGGAGGAGCACCUGGCUGUCAUGCAUGAGAAACUGAGACACGAGCUUCCUACUCUCUUUCUUCGCUCCCAUGACUACACUCUCUAUUCAAUGGAUGUGGAGUUCACCAAUGAGAUCCUGAACAUCCGUACCAAGGGCCGGACAUGGUACGUUAUGUCCCUGACCUUUUGCCGCUUCCUGGCUUGGAACUAUUUUGCACAGUUUCGGUUGGAGAUUCUACAGCUGACCCGCCACCCUGAGAACUGGACCCUGCAAGCCCGUUGGAGGCUCGUAGGUCUGCCCAUACACAUGCUCUUCCUGCGUUUCUACAGGCGUGAUAAAGAGGAGCUCUACCGGACCUUUGAUGCCUAUUCCACCUUCUACCUGAAUUCUAGUGGCCUCAUUUGCCGUCAUCACCUAGACAAGCUGACGCCCUCACACUCACCUUCGACGCCUGUGAAGAAGCUGCUGGUGGGCGCCCUGGUGGCCCUGGGGCUCUCAGAACCAGAGCCCAACUUACACCUGUGCUCCAAGGCCUGAGCCCAACUUGGGUGGAGGUGUCAUGAAGAGUUUGCUGCGCACAAGAGGUGAAGGUGGACAGGAAUGUCCAGAGCCGGCCACCUCCCCUCCACUCUCCUGCCUUCUUCCCAUCUCAUGCUGUGUAAAGCUGCUGUGUAAUUUAAUUUGUAAAUAAUAAAGUUUAAGGAAACAACAAGGUACAGUUUCAUG